AUGAACGCCGUCCAGAUGGUAAGCUUCGAGACUAAGCCAAAGAUGUCAUCGGACCCCAAUACUCCCUCUUCAGUAUCCUCCACACAGGAAGCACACUACAAGCCCAACGGCGAGGACCAGAACCUCUCCAAUGCGGCAUCGCCGCGUGUGGUGAAGUCUGUCACCCACGACGGCGAAUUCGUGACCAUAGGUGACCAGACGUUCCGUCGCCAAGAUCUGGCCAAUAUCUUUGUCAACGACCUGGACUCCGAGACGUAUCGCAGGCGACCACGCGUGCAGCGGUUGGCGAACCCGGUACCGUUGGGGCUCGCGUCGUUUUCGUUCUGCUGUUUGGUGCUAUCGCUUGUGAACGCGCGCGUGCGCGGCGUGACGGUGAACCAGCUGCUUGUCUCGUCGUUUCUGUUCUUUGGCGGAGCAAUCGAGCUGUUUGCGGGGCUUCUGUGCUUCGUGACGGGCGACACGUAUGCGAUGACGGUGUUCAGUGCGUUCGGCGGGUUCUGGAUCAGCUGGGGGUGCGUGUUUCUGGAUCAGUUCGGCGUUGCCGCCGCGUAUGCGGAUGAUCCCAAGAUGUUCCAGAACGUCACCGGGUUCUUUCUGGCGGGGUGGGCGGUGUUUACGUUUCUGGUGUGGCUGUGUUCGAUGAAGAGUACGUGGGGGCUGUUCCUGCUGCUGGGGUUUCUCGAGUUGACGUUCUUGAUGCUGUGCAUUGGAUCGUUUAUUGGGAACGAUAAGUGUCUGAUGGCAGGCGGCUAUUUCGGAAUCCUCAGCUCCUGUUGUGGCUGGUACUCGUUGUACUGUGGUAUCUCGAACCAGGACAACGGGUAUAUACCAUUGAGAGCUUAUCCGAUGCCCAACGCGGCCACUGUGUAA